AUGAUCCGGAAUGUCCGUGCGUGCAAGACAGCGGCCGAGGAGCGAGGGGUGAUCGCGAAGGAAUGCGCGAAUCUACGGACAGCGUUCAAGGAGAACGACAUCGAGUACCGGCACCGCAACGUGGCGAAGCUCAUGUUCAUCCACAUGCUGGGCUACCCCACGCACUUUGGCCAGAUGGAGUGCCUGAAGCUCAUUGCGUCGCCGGGCUUCCCGGAGAAGCGCAUCGGAUAUCUGGGGCUCAUGGUGCUGCUGGACGAGCGCCAGGAGGUGCUCAUGCUCGUCACCAACUCGCUCAAAAACGACCUGAACCACACGAACCAGUUCAUAAUCGGGCUGGCGCUGUGCGCGCUGGGCAACAUCUGCUCCAGCGAGAUGGCGCGCGACCUCGCGCCCGAGGUGGAGCGCCUGCUCAACAGCAACAACUCCUACAUCCGCAAAAAGGUGACUCCGCAACGCAACCCCUCCCUGCACUCACGCCCGGGCUGCCACUGGGAUGCGUGCGUGCGUGCAGUCGAGGCGGCGCUGUGUUCGGUGCGCAUCAUCCGCAAGGUGCCGGACCUGGCGGAGUACCUGCUGGGGCCGGCGUCGGGGCUGCUGCAGGACAAGCACCACGGCGUGCUGCUGUCCGGCACCAAGCUCGCCAUCCAGCUCUGCGACACGCACCCCCCCGCCCUCGACUACUUCCGCAAGCAAGUGCCUGUGCUGGUGCGCAUAUUGAAGAACCUGGUGGUGAGCGGGUACGUGCCCGAGUACGAUGUGGGCGGCAUCGCUGCCCUCAUCACCACCUUUCCCCCUCUUCCUCCCUCCCUCCCCCCCCCCAAACAGCAAGUGCCGACGCUGGUGCGCAUUCUGAAGAACCUGGUGGUGAGCGGGUACGCGCCCGAGUACGACGUGGGCGGCAUCACGGACCCCUUCCUGCAGAUCCGCGUGUUGCGCCUCCUGCGCAUGCUCGGCAAGGGCGACCCCGACGCCAGCGACAUCAUGAGCGACAUCCUCGCUCAGGUAGCGACGAACACGGAGGCGAACAAGAACACGGGCAACGCCAUUCUGUACGAGUGUGUGCACACCAUCUUUGGCGUGGAGGCCAUUGGCGGCCUGCGCGUGCUUGCCAUCAACAUCCUCGGCCGCUUCCUCGCCAACCGUGACAACAACAUCCGGUACGUGGCGCUACACACGCUGAUCAAGGUGGUGGCGGUGGACACACAGGCCGUGCAGCGCCACCGCAACACCAUCGAUUCAGACAUCUCCAUCAGGAGGAGGGCGUUGGAGCUGGUGUGUGCGCUGGUGAACGAGGGCAAUCUCAAGGCGCUCACACGCGAGCUGCUGGACUACCUGCGCGCCGCUGACUCCGACUUCAAGCCCGACCUCACCUCCAAGAUCUGCGCCCUCGUGCAACGGUACGCGCCCAGCAAGCUGUAUCACCGUGGAGAUCAUGCUGCGAGUCAUGACCGAGGGGAGUAUGUGACGGAUGACGUCAUCCGCUUCCUGGUGGUGCUCAUCAGCAACGCACCUGAGCUGCAGGGCUUUGCAGUGCGCUCGUUCUUUCCACGCCAUGCGCUCCUGGAAGGGCCAGCCUUGCCUGUAUGCCUGUAUGCAUCACCAUCGCCUGGCUUCCACAAGUACCUUAUGCUGCAUGUGCUUGCGCCCCAUCUGACGGGCAUCUGUGCCUCGCCACUCCCUGUCCUCGUGUGGUGGUGGAGGCAGAGGUGGGUGCAGAUGCUGGAGGGCAUCAUGAAGGACACGCGUGCCACGCCCACCCUCAAGGCCUACGUCCUCGUCGCCCUCCUCAAAGCUCUCCUGCCGCUUCCCCUCCUGCUCCCAGUGCGCCCCUUGCUGCCCGCCCUCCACACUCUCUCUCUCUCGCUCGCCUUACCUCCUCGCUCAUCUCACUUUCCUCACAGUAAUGCUCUCUCAUGUGUGCCCAGCAAUUGUACUACUGUCCCCAUCACUUCGCUCGUCUCUUCACCGUCUCCCUCUACACCGCUCCACAUCUCUCCCCGCCGCUUUCUCCCCCCUCUCCCCGCCUGCAGGCGCAUAAGUGUUGGAGGAGCAGCACCGGCACAGCCUGGUGUUGAGCUGCAGCAGCGCUCAGUGGAGUUCAGCGCCGUGCUCGCCCGCCACGACAAGAUCAAGUCUGCCUCGCACACCCCCCCCCCCUUUUUUCCCACACCCCCCUUUCCCUCGCAUCCCCGUUCUCUCCCGCCUGUCUCAUCUCCUAUGGGUUCUCUCCCAUGGUUCCUCUGUGCAUUGCUGGCCGCUGCCUUGCCUCGUGUUGUGUGCCUGCAUUGCGCCUCCAUCUGCCUGCACUUUGCACCUCCUUAUUGGUCACACUGUGUCCAUUGCACUUCAUGCUAG